GAAACCAAACGAGUACGGCAAGUCUCGGCUAGAAUGUCAUUUGCUUCGAGCGUGAAGUCUAAGUGCAGUCAGGGUAAAGUGAACACCGAGCGAGGGAGUGCGCCUGUGGAGAACUCAUCAACGCAGAGAGAGAAAGCGGGGGGUUUCCAAGACGCAAGAGGGAAGAAGUGUAUCACCAGCGCAUCGACCGAGUGCGUCCAAACCACAAAGAAUCUGCACACCAGGCGGAGGACAGUUCUGAAAAGCAAAGGCGAGUGGGUGAGCACAGCGGAGAAUCAGGACGAGCAUCGUGGUCAGCCCCGCUUCACGUCAUUCUUCUCACUGAGGUUCCCAUCUACAAAGAGAGACAGUUACAGGACAAACACCCGUGUUGCUACAAAGCUGAGAAAUACUGAUCUGCACACGAAAUCUGAUGUAGGAACAAAGGUAGACAAUGUACGACAUCCAGAGUUAAGUGAAAAAGAUUUCCUCGUCAACACGUUAAGAGAGUCAACUCAUAAAACAACUAAAGAUGAGGCUGUAUCGAAAUCACAAAAUGGCGAUACCAUCUAUUCAUGGGGAAACCAUGCUGUGUAUGACAUAUCCAGUCACAGAUCCACAGUUGGAAUACAACGUGGCUUAGCACACUGUGAUCAAGAUCAGACUGCAAAAAAGGGACAAUCUUCAGGCUGUGAGUGUGUGACAGAGCUGCAAGUCAACCAGAGUGAAAGUAUAGAAGGGGAAUCAGGAGUUAAUGACCCUCAAGGACAGAAUGCGGAAGGAACACUUUCUCACAGUAAUCUAAUCCCUUUUAGAGAGCAUACUGGUUCAAAGGCCGACUCUGACUGCCAGGACUGUGCAUGUUCUCCGACAGCAAUAAACCAGGCCUUAUCGCUGCCCUCAUACCCUGCUUCUCAUUCUGAUAAUAAUCUGAAAUCAGAUCUUAUCAGUUCCACCGCAGCAAUGUUUACCUCUACAUUAGUCUCUGUUCUUGCUCCUCAUUGGAGCGGGCGCCUUAGGAGACACAAGCGAGGCUUUAGCAGUGAUGGACCAGAAAUUGUGCAAAAUAGGAAUCUGUCUGCUUUGAGUCAGAAUGAACAGCAUCAACAAUUUCCCCUCCAGCAGAUACAGGCACAGGGUGAACCAGUCAACGACUUCAGUAACAGGCUUAGGGGAUCAGCAGGAACCAGCAGGAGUUCUGUUGAAUGGCAAAAUGAAAGCUUCUCACAUUUCACAGAAUCGAAAAAACAGUUUUUGAAAACCAGUUCGUUGAGAAUGAACAGACAUACCGUGGACCAAACACCAGAAUUUAGCAGCCCUAUUCAUGUGUCAGUGGACUCCGGUGAGGUGCCUAGGUCCACCCUGUCCCUCCAACUCAGUGACUACAGAAAGAUGGCACAGCCCGUGGAUCAAGGAGAGUCCUUCUCUUCACUAAGGUCAAGGCCAACAACAAGCACUUUGCUUUUGUCUUCUAGAAGGUUGAACUCAAGAAAACCCAUUCCUGAGUCCUUUCAAAUGGAGAAGCAGUUACCCACAUCCAUCAGCUCUCUAAAUUUACCUAGUAAAAGCACAUUAAGGAUUUCCCAACCACAACCCAACCUGGUUUCCCCAAACAAUCCGGCUAAAGAGACACUUGUAACAAAAAGCAGUCUUGCAUCUCCCGAACAGCUCUCAAAUCCACACAAACCCAAACCGUUCUCCCCAAAAUGGGGUGAGAUGGACUCAUCAGUGAAGCAGCGCUAUUUAAUCUCAGGGGAUUUUGACAUGAUCAACAGAACUCCUCCUCCUACAAAUGAAAAAACUAGGGAAAGGCUGUUUUCAAACUAUGCAACCAGAUUCAACCAAUCAGGGACUCGCCAAUCUGUUCAGGAUCAUGGAGAGGUUGACCAGAGCAUCACUGACAAUAAAAAUUUGCAGGAUUCAAAUAGUAAGAUCCCAGAAAGUUCUGCUUGGAUUUCUUCAAAGGAAAAUGCAAAUAGUAGAUUUGUUUUCCCACAAAUUCCCUCAAACCUGAAUUCUGAUAGCAUACUUAAGACACAGAUUAGCAAGACAUCAAUGACGAGCACAAAUCUUGAGCCGAGCACUUCUGUGCAGUCUAACAGGAUCAACAAUAUGAUCAACUUGAACAAGACCAGCAUGAUAAAUAGAACAACUAGCCCCAGAACAGUCCAAUCAAUUGCCACCAGUCCCUCUGCCAGUUUAACUCCUGUACCCCUGAUGCAAGCUGACCAAAACAACAUUCAGACCUCAAGCAGUUCGGAUAGGCCUUCAUCGAGCCCAGUGAACUUUUUAAGGAUGAGAACAUUUACCGACAGUCUUAGCUUCUCACCUCGGAAAGAUUCUUCUGUAGAAGAAACAAGCCCAUCUCAUUUAUGGUCAAACCAUCUGAACUCUAAGAGGCAGUCAAGGGAGUCAAAUCAAAGCCCUUUAGAUCAGCUAAGUCCUUUAUCCCCAUCUGAGUUUAAGGCCAGAAGAGUUUGUAUUCCAAGCAUCUACAAAUACCUAAGGGAAACCAGUCCACCUAAGGACGCCCAGGGGUCUCCAGCAUUGAGCUCUCCUAGUCCUCAGACCUCAUCUGUAAAGCAAAUACAGGAAAAGGAUAAAAAUUCAAGGAACCUGUGGUUCUCUUUUGACUUAAACUCAGUUGAAUCACGUGAUCCACUUUUGAAACGUGACUCCAUUUCCACCAGUGCACCACAAUCUUUGCCACCUGAGACUGGCAGAAGGUCAAUGUCUUAUCCAAGUAAAUCCCCUUACUCCACCCUCAUCUCUAAAAGAGCAGCAGUUAAGAGCCUUUCAUCUCCACCUGCGACGCACCAGCACAGUCGAUCUUUUUCUUACAGUAGUUCACCAGUUGACGCUAAGUCUCCCAAGCUGGAGAAAAGAUCUUAUACAUCUGUCCUCAGAGACCGGUUGAGUCAAAGGAAGUCGCCAUUGGGAGAGCCAGUAGGUUCUACUGAUAUUCAGCUUACAGCAAAAACAGUUUCCUUCUGUCCAAAUGGCAUCUCAGAAACCUCAACAGAUACAAAGUUCCCAGAUCGUCAAAUUAACACCUUAGUCGCAGAUGCAACACAACCAAAACAGACUGACACUGUCAUUAAAAAUAUCCCUCAUGAGGGACUAAAUGGCAUAUUUUUAUCUCAGGAUGACAAAGGUAACCCUUAUACAGCUGACACGUUGAAUUCCAAAGAGCAUUCUUUGCCACUGGGGACAUCCCCAAUUAAUGAGGCGGUGCAAAAAGGUGGAGUAACAGAAAUCUUAAAUGCAAAUGAGACAUUCCAGGCAAGUCAGAGUCCUAACUCAAAGAAGAGCCUCUUCUCUUUAAGAAGUAAGAAAGAUAAUGUUUUCAAGUCUUCUCCUUCUGCAGAUAAAGAGGGUUUAACUGUUAAAAAGGAUGAGAUGACAGGACUUAAAACUACAAAGAGAGUGGACCAGGUGUUGAACCGUUUGAGACUAACAUUUGGUGGCAAAUUUUCAGAAGACAGUGACAUGACAGUGACAAGUAGAAGAAAGACUAAAAAGGAGGAGAAUUCAAAUAUUAAGACUUAUGAAAGCAUUAAGAAUGAAAAAGAAAAUGAUGAUCUGACAGUUAAACGGCAGAUUAACCCUGAAGAUCUUUUAGAGAAAGUUUCUGAAAGAACUAGGAAACUUGACCGAAUGGCUGAUCAGACAGUUAUGACACAGACUGAACCUGAAAAUGUUUCAGAGAUCAAGGUUCCAGAAAGAACUAGGAAACUAGACCAAGUGGAUGAUCAGACAGUUAGAAGAAAGACUAAAAAUGAGACACACUUAGAUAUUAUGACUUCUGAAACCAAGAGGAAAGUAGAGCAGGAGCUUCCUGAAAAUCAAACUUUGAAAUCUCCAAACUCCCCACAUAUCCAAAUCACCAUUAUGACAGAAUCUUGCAGCUCUUCUGGCCCUACGUUAGGUUUCAGAUAUGAAAAACAAGCCAACUCACCAAAUAUGGGCGAUCACAAAAAACUAAUGGAGGAAAGCAGAAAUCGAGUCCUGGUUAGACCCAUUAGCCCGAACUGGCCUAAGCCUGAUAAUAUCAACAGCUAUGCCACACUGCCUCCAGGCAAAAGAUCCAGAGUUGAAUCAUCUCCAACACUUUCUCCAUUUGAAUGUUCUUUAGAAGACAAACAGAAUGAUAACGUGUUUUUCAGCAGUGUCCUUACAAAGAGAAAUAACUCUGCUCUAGGUGAGCCUGAGAAUGUUGCUCAACCAGACAGCGUUAUAAAUGUUGCAGGGCAGAACUUGACAGGGGUAGUGUUGUCUUCUCCCUGUGCUGAUCUCAAGUAUGGACUGCAGCAUGGACGAUCUGUCUCAGUUAGCAGUGUAGUUUCAGGGCGUCCGUCAGGCCCUGGAAGAAUCUCGACAGGAUCGAGACAAAGCAGUGUCAGCGACUUGAGCAGCUUGGAUGGUUUUGUGACCAAGAGCCGACAUUCAAGUGUCAGCAGCCCAGUCGGGUCACCUGAGAAUAAUGGCACCACUUCCAGUGGUUGUAUUUCUUAUAAGGGACCUACAGGAGGACGGUUACCAUCAGAGGGCCGUCUCAGGAGCUCAGAUAUCCUGGAGGACAUCUCAUUCCAAUGGGAUAUGGAAGCAGGUCCAACGCCACCCCCUUCUCCGGUAUAUACUCGACGUAUAUCCCAAGUCUCCAGCCCCUCUUCAGCUAGCAACAGGACCUCGCCAGAUAGCUUGUCUCCGCGUGGACUUUUGCCUUCCAGGAACUACAAGUCCAUGUUGUCGGUUUUUGAGGAGUCUGGUUCAGAGACCACUACUGAUGAUGAAUACUAUCUCAAUAGUGAUGACGACAAUGAGAAAGAAACAGAACUUUAGGGGAUAGUGUUGCAUGACAUGAAUGAAGUUGUGCAUGUUAUGGUAUUUGUGUGGUUAAGGUUUGUAUUUGUGCACUUUGAUCACUUCCUCAGGAACAAAAUAUCUCCAUCAUGAUUGAAUGUAAUGCGAUGAAAAUCAAUGCGAAAUCAGUGAGCUGAAGCACUUCCAUAUGCUCCUGUUAAAGCUUGCCCUGGCAUGGCUAAUUACUUCGACCCAAGUGUUAUGUUUGAACCCAUUUUCAGUUUGAGAUUGUUAUUGAUAAUCAAUCAUGACAAUUCAUGCACUGUUGGAUCAUGGAUUAUAUUCAGGCUCUGUGUUUAUGUAUCAGUUAUGAAUCAAAUUUUAAUUGAUUGUUGUUCACAGUUUGCCCUUCUUAUUGUGUCAUUCCUUCAAGCAGACAGCACUGGCAGUGCAGAUGAUAAAUCAUUUUAGUGGCAGCAGAAAAGCUGAAAGCAAAAUCAAUUUUUUUUGAACCACAUAACAAAUAUUAUAUAGUGCUUUCUCAACUAGGAUAAAUUAAAUAUAACUAAAAAAAAUCAUAUCAUGAUACUUGACAUUUUUUAAAACAGUAUUUUGUUUUAUUUGAGAUUUUGAUAGCAAAGCAAGACAUGAAGUACUCGAAGGUGUUUUAUAAGAUUGGUUUUAAUUUCAACACGUACAAUUUUCUAAAAGAAAUUAUUUAAUGACAAAAAAUGAGAUGACAAAUAUCGAUUUUAAUAUUUAAUCAGCUACUUCUUGCUGCUUUAUCGUCCUCCUAAUUUUGAAGUCAGGGCUCACAAUAAGCACAAUACUUACAGAAAAAUAUAUUUUAGAUAUUUUAUAAUUUAUUGCAAUAUCAACAUAUUCACUUCUCCUGAAUUUUAUUUUUUUUAUGUUGGAAAUAAUACUGUAGUUUGAAAGAAAUUUGGGAAUAAAUCUUAGAAAAUUUUUUUAAAAUAACAUAGUAUGUGUUUAUUUAAUGUAAACAGAUCAGAAUAAUCCCAUAUGAAAUUCUAUGUGUGUCACGACAGUACAUAGAUGAUCUACAAUUCGAUACUUUCGGAUUAAACAAUGUAGUGUUUGUUAAUGUUUUUUAAAGCAAUGUUGCAAGAGGAAAAUGUGAGCACUUCAACAAAAUUCAUUUUCCCUGAGGUUGUGAUGUUGUUGUUGUUGUUGUUCUUGUUUUUAAUUAUGAUCUUGAUGUGAUCCAAGAAAAACAAUUCAUUUAAUUAACAUUGAUGAAUGUAGUGAAAUGAUUUGUUCAGUGUGUCCCAGUAAUCCAUAAGUAAAGAAUAAAACAGCUGGGGUGUGCCGUUAUAUAAAACAAAUAACUACAAGCAGCAAGAGCGCAGAAACAGUUACCACCUGGAAGUGGAUUAUUUUUCUUUAACAGCAUGCCCUGAAGUGGUUUAAUCCUCUUACACCAUGGCAAUUUGGCAACAAUUUUUAAUAUGGACAACAUACCGUGCUUUUUAACCAAUUAUGGUUACACUAAAUGUCCAUAUUACAAUGAGUGCAUUAAUAUUAAUAUAAAAUGAAAUAAUUGUCCGAGUUAUGGAAAAACAAUCAACACUGAUAAAACACCUGACCAAUCAGGUUUGAGAAUUCAACAGUGCUGUGUGUGGUAUAAGGCUGUUCUUAGGCACUAACCAAAAACAAUAUGAUAAAAUCUAUUGUUGAGUAAACAAUUUAUUUAAGUAUUAAUAAUAUUUGUAACAAACAAUUCUUCCACAAAUUAACAGUAAGGUUUAGUUGCUAAGCAACAUAACAGGCAAAGAUUACAGUAUUCCAUGGACAGAACAAUGGUUUAAGAGAAUAUACACCCGGGCUCAGCCAAUCACAUUUUAGAACCAAAACUAUGCCCUUAUAAUAAUAUAGUUAAUAAAGAAAUUUAAGAGUUUUUAUGAAGCUAAGCAGGGCGGCACGGUGUUGUAGUGGUUAGCACUGUUGCCUCACAGCAAGAAGGUCCUGGGUUC